AUGUUGCAGCGUACAAUGACGGGUGCAUGGUCAACUAUAUUGCGAUGGGAUACAGAUUACAGUGCGGACUCGGUGGAGUGGUGUCCCGUGGAGCCCUACCGCAAUGUGCUGGUCUGCGGAACUUAUCAACUUCAGAAAAGUGAAGAAGAUGUAAAAGCAGAAAAACAGACGAGGCUUGGCAAAAUAUAUUUAUUUAAUUUUAAGAACGAUGCAGCAGUUUUGUCUCCCAUCCAAACCAUACAGACCUUCGGUGUCCUGGAUCAAAAGUGGUGUUAUCACCCGGUGCAAAGUUACCCUUUGCUGGCUGUGGUAACAUCAGUGGGUGCGGUACAGCUUUAUAAACUGCAGGAUAAUAAUGGAGCUUUGGAAUUGAUCAUUUGGCUGGAACAUGUAAUCGAUCCCGAUGUGUUGGCUCUCUCUGUAGACUGGUCAACAAAUAAGACAAGUUCAGAGGAGCCACGGUUAUUGGUCAGCGAUUCUGCGGGCUGCAUUCAUGUUUUAGCGAUAAGCGAACAUAAUUUGCAAGUCAUUGGUAAAUGGAAAAGUCACAGCUUCGAAGCAUGGAUAGGCGCAUACAAUUAUUGGAAUUCACAUGUUUUUUAUUCAGGCGGUGACGACUGCUUAUUCAAAAGUUACGAUGUGCGGAUUGCUGAUAUCGCUACCGGUGUCAACAAGCGUCACGAAGCAGGUGUGACCGCCAUCAGGAGUCACAUAAAUGAAGAACAUCAGCUACUUACCGGAAGUUACGACGAAAAAGUUCGUCUUUGGGACACAAGACAGUUAAAAUCCUGCCUCAAGGAAGAGAACGUCAAAGGAGGGGUUUGGCGUUUGAAAUGGCAUCCAUUCAAGUCUCAAGUGGUAUUGGCCGCUUGCAUGUACGGGGGUUUCAGGGUUUUACAAGUGCAUGACAAUGUGGAGAUCCUAAGUGAAUACAUGGAACAUGAAAGCAUAGCAUACGGCGCUGACUGGAAGUUCGACGAAGAAAAAUCUUUGGCAGCUACCUGUUCUUUCUAUGAUUGUAAAAUGCAUAUCAGCGAAGUUAGAUUUUAA